UCAGCGCGAUGACGGAGCUUUCCGAGUCUAUCGACUUACAGCCCAUUACAUCUCAGCCACCGAAUCACGAUCUCGAUGUUUCCUCCCAACCUGUCAUCCCGGGUUAUUCAGAACUACCGACCGUCCCCAGUCAGGUGACAGACUAUCUGCCACUGUCUCUGUGUACCAUGCUCUACUGCUGCUUACCAAUUGGGAUAUUUGCUGUCCUGUACUCAAUUAGGGUUCGCGAGGCCAAUUUGGUUGGUGACCAAACUCGAGCGCAGCGAGCAUCUCGUAUUGCCUGUGUACUGAACGUCUUGGCAGGUAUUUUCGGUGUAAUCAUAACUCUAGCCACUGUGCUUCCAAAGAUAUUCUGUGGCUUUGAACACUCGAAUUGUUGAACUGGAAGGAAAUGUUGCAUUCUAGUUGAUAUUGCGUGAUUUGCUGUUGAUUUUAGAGUAUAGCUACCAAAGUCUGAUAUUUGCUUUGCAGGUAUAUCUGCUGUUUAGCAGUCACUUUACUGUAUACAUAUAGUGAAUCACUGCAUGUAUGCAGUAACUUUUCCAGGCAUAAA